AUGACUGAGUCGGCGGUUCUCACCACGGCCGUUGCCAGCCACCAGCACCAGCACCAGCACCAGACCAGCGCCAAAACCAACGCCAACGCCAGCAAACAUCGAGCAACCGGCACCGCUUUGAGCGUUGGCGCCAGCUUGGGCACCGGGACGACUCAACCUGCCAACACGGCUGUUGCGCGUGGCUCCCUGUACGGCCGUGGGGGCAGAUGCACACGUGCAGGCCCAGGCACAGGGACAAGCUCUCCUAACGCUCCAGGCGCGUCCAUGCCGUCUGUCCAGGUGCCGGCCACUGCCCUGGAGGACAUGGACUCAACGCCCACUCAUAACGCCCACCCCACAUGCAGGGCCUCUACCAUGGCUCCCAGUACUGCUACUGCUACUAGCACCAGUACUAGGACUACGUCCAGCGCCACGUCCAUUCCUCGCUCUGGCCCGAAUGAGCAAAAUCGUCCUCCCUCAUCCCCCCCUCGAGCUGCUGCUACCGUCGCGGCAGGCGGCCACCAUCUCGACAACGUCCACGCCGACGACUCUCCUCCGCUGACCCGGCAUUCGCACCGCCAGUACAACACCUCGUCCAAGCUGCCGCCGCCUCGGCCUGCAGAUUCGAGGCGCGGACCCCCGGCGGCGUCAUCGUUCCCCUCUCAACCGCACCGCCCGCACCACAACAAUCCUGGCCAGGUGCCUCACUCGCUUCACGGCGCCCCCUCGUCAGCGUUGCCCAAUCCCGUGCCCGAACAGCGACCGGCCCCAUCCAUCCCCGACAACAUCGCAAACACGGGCGCGGCCGCAGACGCAGACGCAAACGCAGACGCAGGCAGAGAGGCAGAGUCAACAACACAUCAUCAUCCCUCUUCACCCUUUGCUGUGUCGCCCUCGGCCACCUCUCCACCACGAGCGGCCGUGCACUCUCGGGCAUCAUCAUACCACGCCUCACCCCAGCCUGCGACCUCGUCAUCGUCAGAUUCUCCCCCCGCCCAGCCGAAGCGUCCCGCAUCGUGUCCUGAAUCGGGACCCGACCACGCCGAUCAAACCACCUCCCCGUCGUCUCUAUCUCCAACUGGAACCACCAAGCCUCUGAGUUGGAGAGGGCCUGCUUCGCGCAGCUCAAACGGCGUUUCGACCUCCGACGGCCCGCCGCCAUCUCUCAACACUCAACGUCUUCACGGCGUUGAGGCGGCGGCCCAAACCACUGCUCAGCCGCAGCCUCUGCCUGAAACACCGAGGACGAAGAGCACGCAAGGCCAACGAGAGCUGCUACUUCUUAACCGGCUUUCUGGGUCCAGCUCAUCAGAUGACAACCGAUAUCCAUCACCUCAGCGGCCCCCGGUUUCCUACAGACCAGCGCACAAGCGGCAUAGUAUUCAGCCUGCCACUCUCACGCCUGGCCGAGUGCCGCCAAUACGCUCAUUCCGCUCAUCAGACUCUCGAAAGAGCCUAACGCAGGAUAUGAAUCCCACGUCUCGCCCCCACGAUUUGGGCGAGCUUUAUGCAACUUCUCCCGAGGAACAGUCGCCGCACAAUUUCGAAGGCAGGCAUGCCCAAGGAGGUGUUUCCCUAAACGACGGCGAAUCUGGCCGACAAGAUGAUGGUGGGGAUGUUUUUUUGAGAAUAGCCAGAGACGAGCAGAUGCGCCGUCUGCGAGGAGAGGAGAAUUUGGACGAUGCUCAAUCUUCAGUUUCUGGCAUCAGACGAUCCUCUCAUCGCCGCCCUUUGUCGACUGUUGUGCCCUCUUAUCACCACCAGACAUCGCCCCCAAGACAAAGGCGGCGAUUAUCUGACCAGCAGGACAGACCUCGUCCACUACAUCUUGAGGACGACCAAGGAAGUGAGAUCUCUCGGACCACCACAUUUCGCUCGCUGCUCCGGGAGAAGGCUGCUUCUGUUCACCCUGGCGAGGAGAUUCCGCGGACACGCUCUGGCGGUGCAAACCUGCGACCAUCUCCUCUUUCAGCGCGAUCUACAGUUGGUUAUGAUAAUAGCCAAGAAGCAAGCCUUUACGCACGCAGGCGUGCGUCCAUAACCGACAGUAAUUCUACUGUGGGCCGUACACCCGGGUACAGACCAUCUGGGCUCAUCCAAGCCCGGAAUCACGGUUCAUCCCCUCUGGCCAGGACGAUUGACCUUCAGAACAAGACGGGAACCGAGGCCCCUCAUGGACUUGAGGGAACGGAAUCCACUGCUUCAACAACUGCACCCUCGACUGUUUGGGAUGAAUUAGACGACCUCAAGUCGCGAAUCAACCGACUUGAAUUAACGGGAAAGCUGCCGUCCACGUCAGGGGCGGCAGUCUCCAGAAUGUCUGAGGAGCGGCCAGCUACUGCUACGACGACGGUAACUACUCUAUCUGGAUCUCCCAAACGACAGGUCAAUGGGCAGAUUGCAGAAGUAUCGAGUACCACGUCCUCUCAGAGGGAGGCACACCCCAUCCUUCAUGAAGCGUUGGUUAAAUCAAGGCCUUAUUUGAGUCUGGAAGUCUAUCAGGCACUGCAGUCAGCGGCUAAUGACGCCAUGGCGUUGUCAUCAAUGAUGGGUACCCCAGGUCAGCCAGGGCCGAUAUCUAGUGCUGCGAGUGUGGUUGGAACGGGAGGACCGGCAGUCACUGACCGACAACUGCGAAGAAAAGCCGAUUCUGUCUGUCGGAGUCUGACAGAACUAUGUGUAGCACUUGGGGAAGCAGUAGGUCCUGCAAACAUCGCAGGCUCAGCUAGUCCGCCUGCGUUGGCUCAGCAUGAUGGACCUGCAACGCCCACUGCACCAAAGUCCUAUAGUAGUCUGCCCACUCCACGCCGUGUGGCCGAACACGGAAUACCGAAAUCCAUCAGCAGCCCAAGACCAUUGUCCAAAUUCGAGGAGCGACGAAGCUCUAUUCUGAAUGGGACAGCUUUACCGACGCCGCGCGCCACUGGUUCAGCACCGACUACGCCAAUCGAGGGCAAUUCGCAGCGAAGAUCGUCCCUUAUGAUUUCGCGGACUCGGCGAGCUGGUACCGAGGAACCGGAAGUUGCUCGGUCACCAACAAUGUUGCGAUCCCGACGAGCAGGGACCGAAGAACCAGAGGAAGGCCGACAAACGUCAUUCUUGAGAAAUCGUCGGGGCACAGUGGGUGAUGAUGGUGGCGAGGGAAGAUUCCGACCACCCUCCAGAGCAGAUACCGACGUCAACAUGCUCAGAGACCCUGGACGAGAAUAUCCAUCAGACUCGCCAUCCAUAGCCCCCGACAGUGCCUCGCAGAUUCCCUCAGCACUCCCACGUCGCAGAUUUUUGUCCACAAGCGUUCAUUCCUCCCGCCUUGCAGGAUCCCAGGGGUCCAGCAUUGCGUCGCCAAGAAGGUACAAUGAUCGACAAGCGGGAGAGCAAGACUUUGGCGACAGUGUUGGAGAAUCACGAGUCCAGAGACAAGGUCCGCCGUUAAGCAAAGGAAUAAUCCAUAGCCGAGCUAGCAGUCUCAGCACUCGGAGAAACCGAGACAGCUUGAUUUCGACAAAUUCUGGAGCUACAAUUGGCCCCUAUAGAUGA